CUGGCAUCAAAAUAUUCAACUUCCUCAUCCUUAUCAAAAUUGGCAAUGUUUGCGUUUGCGUUGUGUAUACUAUGAUUGCGCAUGUGGAAUUUUUAUCCAGAUUGUAGCAUAUGUAUAAACUUGCUGGAGCGAGGAAAAAAAAGAACAAUUUAAAGAAAUGCUUGGGAGAAAGCUUCCUGAGUCACUCAGAACUCCUUGCAGUCAGAUGAAAGAAUAGUGAGUUAAACAUAUCUUUGAAUGGAAAUGAAUCAUGGCAGAGCUAAGUUUCACAGAUACUAAAUAUGAUCCUGGAUCAGAAAAUGAUAAACUCAGUUUGCCAAGUCCUCCUGCUCCUAGUUUAAGUUUUUCAUUUUCUAGAACAUCUUCAACUGGAUCCAUUGAUCUUUUAACUUCUUCAUCAGCCCAUAAUACAGAUGAUGAAGACAGUGAUCAAAAAUCAACUCUAAGUUAUAAGGAAAGAAGACGAGAAGCUCAUACUCAAGCAGAGCAGAAAAGACGUGAUGCUAUCAAAAGGGGUUAUGAAGAUUUGCAGUCACUCGUUCCUACUUGUCAACAACAGGAUAGUAUAAGUAGUUAUAAAUUGAGCAAAGCAACUAUUCUUCAAAGAUCAAUUGAUUACAUCCAAUUCCUUAUUCAACAAAAGAAGAAGCAAGAUGAUGAGUUGAAUGCUUUGAGAAAAGAAGUUGUAGCUUUGCAAAUUAUGAAAGCGAAUUAUGAAACCAUUGUUAAAGUUCAUCAGAGUCAACCCAGUCAGAAUUCUAAUAAAGUUAGUGACGACAUGAAAUUCCAAGUAUUUCAAGCAGUAUGUGAUUCCUUGUUCCAAUCUUUCAACUCCUCAAUAUCAGUUGCUAAUUUUGGGGAACUGUCUGCCUGUGUGUUCAGUUGGUUAGAAGAAUAUUGCAAACCCCAGACAUUGCAGGAGAUGAUGCUAUCAUUGCUGUGCCAACUGAACAAUAUCAAAUUACUUGAUAUUUAACCACAAUUAUAUCAACUCAUGUGAUAAGAUUUUGUAGAAAUACUGCAUAUGAAUUAACUUCAUUUUGAUUGAUGAUGGAAAAGUUUAUUCUUUUUUAUCCAGGUUACACUGAUGUUAUGUAAUCUGUUAUUUGUGACAGUUUUAACAUAAUGGUUGAUUGUAAUUGAAAUAGUAUCAUCUACUCUCAAAAUGAAUGUAAUUCGUUGGGUAUGGAGGAAAUGUUAUUCAGAAUUAUGCUGUGAAGAAAGAGUGUAAAUAUUGUUGUUAAAGCUUUUUAAAUCUCUUAACAUUAUUUUAUGUGUUUUUAAAAUAUGCUUGUUAUUUGAAUUGCGUGAUAAGCGUGAUAUUUUGUAAUGGAUUCAGAAAGUAAAUUUACCAAUUUAGUGUGAUGAUACCCAAAUAUUUUUAUUUGUUACUACAUUUAUUUAUAUUUUAUUGAAUUAUAUAUAUAUAUAUAUUAUGCCGAAAUUGUUUUCAUAUUAGAUCAUCAGGGUGUCUGCUAGUCAUACAAAGGUUUGAAAAUUUUUAAUCUGAGGUUUUGGAAAUAUUACAUGGUACUGGAGGUAGCUAGGGUGAAUGUAUUCUAAAAGUAAUUGAAAUCAUUUUCCGAUUUUAAGUCUUUGCGCAAAUGAUUUGUACAUUCAGUAUAAACAUGAAUUGUGCAUCUUUUUUUGAAGUAAAAAAAUUUACUCUUUUUUUUAAAACAUUUUGCUAUUUAUUUUUUUAAAAAUAAGUAGCAUAGUAAACAUUUUAUUGGAACUUUUCUUAAGGUGAAGUAAUUUUUUUUGCAGAUAUUUAGAUUUCUGUUAAUUUAAAAUGUUUUUAUUCUACAUUAUAUAAGAAUUCUUUUGAUGAAAUAUAAUUCUAAUUUCAAAAAAUAUUCCAUCUAUCUUUAUUUUCGGAAAGGAGCGAUAUCGAUUAAUUAUCUUUACCAAAUUUUUUGAAGUAGAGAAGGAGUGCUAUUUUAUCAGAAUUAUCUAAUGGAGAGUAUUGUGUGAUUUUUUUUUUUACCUCAUAACUGUUUGUUUUGGAAAAGUAAAGUAUGAUUUUUUUUUUUAUUGUAAAAGCUUAUUUUUUCAGUGGUACAUUUAAGAUUAAAUGUCAAUUCGUAAUGUAAUAAAUAUUUUGAACUGCUUUAGUGUAGACACCCUGAUCAUAUUUAAGGAUUAUUUGAAAUGUUCUAUUGUGUCAGCAUUUGGAAAAUUUUACUGUGCAAUAUAAUUUUAAAGUUAGAUCUGUUCAUAGUAAAAUGAGAUGAUUGCAUCAUGAGUGCACCAUCUAUCACAUAAGGAAAUAUUUAUGUGGCUUUAUCUAUGCAAUUUCAUGCUCAUAGAUGAUUGCAAAUCUGUAUUUCAUCCAUCACAUAAGACAAUAUUAAUGUGGCUUAGUCUAUCUAUGCAUUUUCAUGCUCAUUGUUUAUUCAUUAUUCAUUCUCAUCAUAAUAAACAGAAGUCAUAAUUUUUGUAAUGAAAAUUCGUCCAUUCUUUCUACAUUAUAUUUUUGUAAUAAAACAUUGAAUAAUAGGUUGUGCUGAUUAUUCUGUUAUGCAGAAAUAAUUGCAUGAUUUUAUGUAAUAUUAAAUAUUGCUCAAAUAAAUAGUAAAAUGUAAAACGAAUUCAAUGGCAAUAACUAUAUCCGAGUAAUUAUUUUAAUUGGUCAUUUCAGUUAUUACUGAAGUAAUCAUUUCUAUUUGUUCUGCUGAUUCUUGCUAGCAGUUUUAUUCCAUUCAUGUUUAAAGGAAUCUGGAAAAUUUGUAGAGCUAAAGAUAUUUGUACUUUAAUGUGAAUUGACCUUAUCGGUGGCUGAGUCUUGACCCCAGUUUCAGAAGAUUGCAGUUCCCAGACUCGCUACCGCUGUGUUUUCUGUAUUGUGGGUUUCAUUCAUGGAAGUUUAGAUUGAGAGCUUAUCUCAGGUUUUGGUCUCAUCUCUUAACCAUGGCACAAAAUUACAAGGUUCAUUUUCAAUAACCUUUGUGCUAUUCCUAUAUGGGAUGAUAAGGCAACAAAGCUAUUUAGUUGAGUGCAAAUGGAACAUUUUUUCUCUUUACUUUUUAUUAUUUUAUAUGUUUCUUCAUGUUAACAUUUAUUAUAAAGUUAGCCUGAUUUUUUGUAGCAGAAUGUUUAACCACACUCUGUGAAUUCAGUCAAAAACUAUAAUGCUAUGUAUAUUUUCUAGUUAAAUAGUAUGAAUCCUUAUAUGUUAAUUAUCAUCUCAUUUUUUCUCAUGUUCUUUCACUUGUAUAUUUGUUUUUACUGUCAUUUGAUAUCAUAAUUUCAAUAUUCUUUUUUUUUCAUAAAAUUUGAUUAGAAAGUAUUUAUUGUUAUUGUUAUAUGUUGUUUACUCUAACUGACUUUUACGAUAUUGCAUUGUUACAGCAGUUUAAUAUAUUAGUGUGCAAACUACUCUGUUAUAUUUUUAAAAUUUUAUUGCAUUCUGUCGUGGAAAUGAAUUUUCAAGGUACACAGUGCAUCAACAAAUAUGCCUUAGAAUUUAAAAUACAUAUGUGGAACGAAUUUAAUUUUUUCAUAAAUUUAUUUAAUAUAUGUAAAAAUUUGUAUAAUUUUAAUUGUAUAUUGUACAAUAAAACUUACUCUUUGUU